AAUAAAUCGUGGGACGUAUAUCUCUUAGUUUAUAUAGGUUAAAUUUAUCCACAUUCAUUCAAGAUGAGUUUGUUUUCAGCGAUUAAUUUUCUUAGGUUUCAGAAGAAAUCAAUCGUACCCGCACAAUAUUUUAUACAGAUAAAUGGUUACGCUGGACCAGUCACAGGAUUAGGUAAAGCCAAAAAGGGAAAGAAAACUGGUGUGGUAGUGGAGAAGAAGGUCUUGCCGGUUGAAACAGAUGUUAAUAAACUCUUAAAAUUCGUCUGUGGCACUAACGUUAUGAAGGAAGGAAAGGACGUUGAAAUAAAACCUGACUCUGAAUAUCCUGAUUGGCUUUGGUCACUUAGAACAGGUCCAGCACCAAAGUUAGAGGAACUAGAUCCUAAUACGAAAGAAUAUUGGAAAAAAGUAAGAAAGAUAGGAAUGAAUCGGCAAAAUAAACUUGCACGACUAAGGAAAUUUUAAGUUACUAUGUAGUCACAACAUAUUUUGUGUUAUUCAUUAUGUACAGUGUCCUACAAUACACCAAUGUAAAUCUAUAUCGCAUUAAAUCCUUAUCAUUGAAAAAAA